GUCGAUGGGAAUUGUAGUCUGAUAACGUCAUCGCGGCGAAGCCGGCCCGUGGUAGGUGCGUAGAGCGCAUGCGCGUGGGCACCGCCGCCGCCGCCGCCGCUGCUACCGUCUCUUUCCCUUGAGCUGCAGCCAGCGCGGGUGCCGUGAGUGGUGCGUCGCUUUUUCCCAGCCGGGUGCGUUUAGUGCGCCUGCGCGAGGCCCUCCUCCUCAAGAGAGAGCUGCUGCCGCGGCUUCUGCUGCUGCUGCUGCUGCUGCUUCUCCCGCCGAGCGCUGAGGUGAAGGCGGCGGCGGCGAAAGCGGCGCCUCUAGCCGCGCCUUAAGGUGAGUUCGACUUGUGAGGAGAAAAGCGGCGGCGGCACCUCCGCCUCGUUCGCGGAGAUAGCAACCGGAUCGCUGAGGAGAGGAGGGGGCCGGGGAAGGGGGCUAGGGAAGCGGGGGGAGAGUCUGGGCCCGCACCCUCCGCCUGUCCCUCGCUUCCUCGCGGGAAAAGCGCACGCGCGGGGGGGAGAGAGCUUCUCCUGCUGGAGCCCAGUAGCGAGUCCUUCGGGGUGGGGAGAUGCACGCUGGCGCCCCUGCACGCUUCUCCCGCCGUCCUUCCUGCCGCUGCUCCUUAUGGGCCACCACGGUUAGGCUUCCCGGUGGCCACGAUGCUCGGGCUCCUCUUCUAAGUAGUGCCACCGAUGGCGAGGAUGUCCCUCGCGAGAAUGCUGGGUAGUGAGUGCCACCACACUCGUGGCGAUGCUCCCAGUGAGGCUGCUGCUUAGCGCCUCCAGGAGUAAUAACGCGCCCGGUGGUGGCACAGGUAUGGCGAUGAGGUCAUGGAUGCCGGCAUGCUUGAAGAGGGGGCUGUUAAGUAGAGCCCCCAAUAGUAAUAGUGGGUUGCAUCCCACGAGGAUCUGCUCAGAGCAGACCCAUUGCCGUGAAUGGGCCUAAGUUAAUCAUAUGCAGAGUGCGCAGCGGCUCCCCUGCCCUUUCCUUGCGAGGAAGGGGAUUCAGCAGCGUGGAGGGGGGGUUCCCUGGGUUGGGUUUGAUGAAGUCCCGCAGGGACAGGUUGUGGAGGGAGGAGAGCUGAGGACUGGUAAUGAAUCCUUGAGGGACCCCAAAAGAAAGAGGGAAAUUAGAGAAUUCUAACCCCUCACCCAAUUGAAUAUUGGACAAUUAGGAAGAAAAGUUGGACCAUGUGGAAACAGAAUCAUGGAGUCCUACUGGGUCCUUUCAUGCUGAGGUCUAUGUUGUCCUCCCCUCCCUUUAUUCUCACAACAGUACUGUAAGGUAGGUUAGGCUGAGAGGAAAUAAUAGAAUCAUAAAAUUGGAUUCGGAGUUGGAAGGCCAUACAACUUCUGUUUAAAAACCUCCAACAAAGGAGAGUCCACCACCUUCCCAGGUAGUCUGUUCCACACCAUGAAGCUUACUUUGUUUUUUAAAUAAUUUUUAUUGAUUUUUUUCUCAUAACAAAUAUCCAAUAUCCUAACUAAACAUUCAUUUUUCAAUUUCCCCCCUCCCUAUUGACUUCCCUCAGCUUCCUUGUUCUCUGUAAAUAAGAUUGUAAAUGUUUAUUUAAAUCCUGCCAACAAGUUGUUUCUGCAAAUAUAUUGUAAAAGGUUCCCAUUCUUUUUAAAAAUCACCGUUGUCCUUUUCAUACAGUUUGUCCGUUAACUUUGCUAACUCUGCAUAAUUCAUAAACUUUUCUUGCCAUUGUUCUUUUGAUGGUACAUGAAGCUUACUUUGGACUACAUAUACAUAGGAUCACACUGCUGAUGACUUAUCUGCCUGGGAUUUGUGAGCUGUGAUUUCUGCAUUGCAGGGAAUUGGACUAGAUGAUCCUUGGUGUCCCUUCCAACUACAGUUCUAUGAUUCUAUGUCCAUUAAUCCCAGUGGUCCUACUCUUGGAUAGAACUACUGUUGAAUAAAAUCCAAUUUUCAUAAUGAGACUGCUAAGGAACUACUAGUACUGGUAUACGUCAUUUUAUUGCACUUUGCAGAGCGGUAGCGUUGCUUGGGUUCCUGUUGAUUUGAAAGGGGAAUGUGCAGGAAAACUUCCUGCUCGGUUGUGUUUAGGGCUAUUGUGUGUGUUAUCACAAUUACCGUAUAUUCCAUCUUUUCUACAGGGAGCUCCAAAGUGGUGUACGUGGUUCUUGCUGCCCACCUCCCCAUUCUGUCUGCACAUCAACCUUGUCACGUAGGUCUGGCUGAGAGGCAGUGACUGGUCCCCAAGUUUGCAGCCAGGGAGCUUCAUAGCUGAGUGGUGAAUUUGAAGCUCUGAGGUUGCCCCAGCCCUCUUGGUAGGUUUGAUCAUUAUUCCUUUUCCUCAGUUUUUUCAGCUCAUAAAAAUGGGGCAGAGAUGGAGGCAUCUGUAAGGCAUUUAGUUUACUCCAGAGCCUGUACUUGGGUAAUAUUAGCAGCAGUGGUGCAAAAAGGGGGUGGGACUGGGGGCAGGGGCGGGCGGAACGUGUGUCUUGCAAUGGAACCCCAGUGUAAGUGGUUCCUACAGGGAAUCUGCAAGGGAGCCAUGGACUCAAAAAACGUUGAGAAUCACUGGACCUCAGUAUAGUGAACAUUUUUUUUUAAAAAAAAUAAUUUUUAUUAAGUUUCUUUUCUCAUAACAAAUAUCCAAUAACAUUACUAAACAUACAUUUUCCAAUUUCUCCCCUCCCUGUUGACUUUCCUCAACUACCAUUUCUGGUUUGUUACAUCAAAUGAUACAUUCUGCUGUUUGUAUACUGUAAUAUGUUGUCACAUUGUUAAAGUUCUUAUUCUCUGUAAAUAAAGUUGUAAAUGUUUAUUUAAAUCCAGCCAACAAGACGAUUGAAUUGUGCUGCUCAGAAACUGAAGGUCUGUUGAGUCAUGUCAGAAUGAGGGAGGGAGGGAGCCUCCGUGGGCAGAGGCAGUGUACCUGAGGGAAGGGGAGCGGUUGGUUGGUUGCUUGGUUUUAUUCUCAUUCUCAUUGUAUAUUUCAUGUUUUUAUGCUGUGAACCGCCCUGAGAUCUGCCAGGUGAAGGACGGUAUAGAAAUGUAAUAAACAGAAACAGAAUGUAGGGUGUGUGUGUGUGUGUGUGUGUGUGAGUGAGAGAGAGAGAGAGAGACUAAGACUAACCAACUAAAAUACCAGAUGAAUAAUAAGAAUAAUACAUAAACAAUGACAUAGUGAUUGAUGGGGGUUAUUAUUGGGUUGUUUUAUUUUGAUUUUAUAUAUUCUGAUCUUUUUUGUGAACCGCCCUGAGACCUCCAGGUAUAGGGCGGUAUAUAAAUUCUAAUAAUAAUAAUAAUAAUAAUAAUAAUAAUAAUAAUUCUUGUUGUUUCUGCAAAUAUAUUGUAAAAGGUUCCCAUUCUUUUUCAAAGUCACUAUUGUCCUUUUCACGCAAUUUGUCCGUUAACUUUGCUAUUUCUGCAUAGCUCAUCAACUUUUUUUGCCAUUGUGCUUUUGAUGGUACUUCUCCAGUCUUCCAGUUUUGAGCUAUUAAGAUUCUUGCCGCUGUUGUAGCAUACAUAAAUAGGUUCCGUUUUUCUUUUAGCAAUUCUUGUCCUAAAAUACCUAACAGAAAAGCUUCUAGUUUUUUAACAAAUGUUAUCUUAAACAUUUAAAAAAAUUCAUUAUAUAUCAUUUCCCAAGAGUGAGUAUAACUUUUAUAUGCACUGAGAAAACAACAAAUUUGUGUGACUUGCUUUAUUGUGAUGUUUGCUUUAUUGCGGUAAUCUCCGACAGAACCUGCAAUAUAGCUGUUUGUGUUACAGGCAUCCCCCCCAACUUAAGCGGGGAUUACAUUCUGGGCCCCUGUGUGCAUAAGCGAAAAUCACGUAAGGGGGGGAGUACCCUAUAAAAAGCCUCUAAAUGCCUCUCCCCCCCCCCCGCUCUCCAGUUCUCUCCCCCACACACUCUCCAUGCAAUACUCUCUUCAACUAGAGUUGAAGCUUUGGGGCUGUCUGGAGGCUGGAGGACACGUGAAAAAGCGGCGGCGGCGGCUGCACUACUGUACCCCCUGCACUUCUUGUCUCUCUGGGGUUUCUUCCGCCCUCAUUGAAGUUCUUUUUGAGCUCCCAAGAGGGUCUUUUUGCGAGCCAGAAAAACUCUCCAGUUCUGUCCCACCAUCUAUUUGUUUAUUUCCUGGCUCUGUGCAUAUACGUGGUCAAGUUGGUCAUGUGUAAGGUGGGGUGUGUGUGUGUGUGUGUGUGUGUGUGUCUGUAUUAGUGUAGCAGUAAUGCUCUUAGUAAUAAUUAUGCUACUAAUUGUUGUGAUUAUUGUUUGUGGUAGUGAUAAUGCUCCUAGUAAUGUUACUACCACCUAUCCAUUGAAUUAUUUAAUGUUGGUUUUAAAGCAGUGCCAGCAGUAGUGCUAACGCUCUUCCUCCUCCAUAUCAUCCAUCAUUACCUGCACCCACAGUAGCAGUAAGAACUUAAGGAGAUCCCUGUUGCCAGGUCCACCUAGUCUAUCAUCCCUCCUUUCCUAGUGGCUCCUCUUCCUGCCCACCUUCUGCGGGAGAGACUCCCUGUUUGAAACCUUAGAGAGCUGCUGCCAGUUAGUGCAGACAGUAGUGUGCUAGAUGAACGCAAGGGUUCAUUUGACUUUGUUUAGGACAGUUUUCUGUUUUCCUGUGUCUUCUGAACCUCAACUUGUGGCGUGUUUCCUUCAAACAAGCCACGGCAUUAACCAAGGUUUGUUCUUGGCUUACCACUUGUGGUUUGUUUGGAGGAAGCAAAAGCAAGAGUCCAGAUCUGGGCAGCACAGCAAGGCCAACUCUAGAUUGUUUUGUCUUUGAUACAUAGGAACAAGGUUGAAUUUCUUUUGAGAAGUGAGUGCUGGCACCCUUCUCAUUCUGGAUAAACCAUAAGUUGUUUUAAAACUGUGGCUUAAUGUGACAUGACGGUCUCUGUAUGUGUAAUAUAAUACAUUGCCUGUACUACACCUUGAGGCAAGAGUCCUGCUAUAUCUGGUGAAAGCACACCUGGAGCAAUGCUGCAGUGAGACGGUUCCCUCCGCAGUAACAGCUCAAAUUUCCUAUAAUAUGAGUGCAGCAUUUUAUCAGACUUCUUUGGAGACUCAGACAUAGAAGAUGGGGUUUUGCUGCAACAGCAGCAAACCCUCUUUUCUCCUUAGGUUGUUUGCGGGCUGACCUUUAAACUCCCAAACUCUUAAUUUCAUUUCAUUUCUGAAUCUUACUAUUAGCAUUUGUUGGUAUUGCAAACCCAGAAGACUUGAUUUCUUAAAUCACCCAGACCUUGCAUGUUUGAGAGUCUGACUUCCCAGUUUAACAACAACUUACACAUGACAGUUUGUAUUACUUUUUGCAGAUUUGCACAGAUGUGGAAUGGGAGGCAAGCUUUACCAGCUUUCUGUUUUAAAAUUUUCGAAUGGAAAAUAUGUUUAAUGGGGAAAAACAAUGAAGUGUCUUAAUUCAGUUAAGAGUUAUAAUAUAUGCAAAAUAAGCUGAGUGACUCUGCCAUAGCAACUGGGCAGUGCUGAAUUAAUUAACAGUUGUAGUGGGAAAGGAAACCAUUGCCUCUGUUCAGAUCCAAAUGAAUAGACGUAAACUUCUUGAUGAAUCACGUCCGCACUUUUAAAGCACUGUUAAAGCAUGUAGCUUUCCCCAGAGAAAUCAUGGGAACUGUCAUUUACCCCUUCACAGAGCUGCAAUUCCCAGCACCCUUGACAUACUACAGUUCCCAGGAUUCUUUGGGGGAAGCUGUGGGUUUUAAAUGUAUAGAAUAGAUUUGACCUCAGUUGUUUCUCUCUGGACCCUGCCUUUGAAAUUGUUUUGCUUAGGUCUGGUCACCUUAAGAUCAAUGGCAUAGUGUCUUUUCAGAUUGAAAUGUACUACUGUUUUUUUAAUACUGCCUUUUUCUGAUGUAGGAUUUGUGCCAGUGACUCCCUUGUGCAGGGACUAGGUGUAGCAUUCAGAAGGGUCCUGGUAGUAGAUAGCUGCAUAUGCUGUGUUUGGGUCUGAAUAGAGAGAAUGGUUUCUUUUUUGUCUUUGCUGCCACUGUCUACUGCAGCUACCCCUCUGGAAGUUAUUUUUGGGAAAAGCAAGUGCAGAACAAGAGAGCAAGUGUUGAAGGACAAAGCCCUGGGUAUGGCUGGUAACUAGCUUAAAAACCAACCCCUAAUUUUUCUCCUGCCUCUCAAGUCAGCGCUUACACAAACACUAAAGAAUUUAUAACAUCAGCUUUAGGAGACUGCCAUCACAGUCCAAGAGAUGGUCGCUACAAAGUGUGAUAAUGGCUUUAAGAAGCUUUAAAAUUUGUCAUUGGGCAUGAUUGAACCUCUGUGUUCAGAGAUGCUCCACCUUGGAAUAUCAGGUGCUGGUGAGCAAAUGGGAAGGCUGUUGCAGGAUGAGGUAGACUGUGGUCUGAUCCAGCAGGACUCAUGUGGGUUGUAGGUGUAUUGGUGCAAUGGGCUUCUAGUUUUAAUUUGGGGUUUGUGUCUGUGAUGUGUGCCUUGGCUGCCUUAAGUUUGGAAAACCAUUAUUUUCUCCCUGUUUUCUUGUAGGAGACACCCUCCUUUGAAUUGGCUUGCACUUCCAUCCCGUGAAGUGCCCAGAUCCUGGCUUGCUAGUUUUCAUAGCCAUGGCAACGGAAGAGAAGAAGCCAGAUUCAGAAUCAACCAAAACACAAUCAACACCCUCCUCUUCAACCAAUCAGAGCAAGGUGUGUGUCAGGGCUUCUGGGCUGUAAUUCUGUCUGCAAGUUCAAAUAGUCUGAGGAUGGUAAACUCUUGUGUGUGGACCUGAUUUUAUGGGGCAUGUUUGUUGGAUACUGUUCAGUUAAGAGCCCAAACCCAGCUCCGACUCUUCUGUCACUAGAGGCAGAUCUAGAUUCAUUCAUAAGGAUCUAACUGCCAUGCUGUUUACUGUUGCCUGCUUAUAGGUUGCCUCCCUUUGGAAAGUAUCAAAAGGAAUUGUAAGGGAAAGUUCUAAUCCAGCUCUUUCCAAGCAUCUAACACAGGCUUUCUCAAACUCGGCCCUCCAGAUGUUUUUGGCCUACAACUCCCAUGAUCCCUAGCUAGCAGGACCAGUGGUCAGGGAUGAUGGGAAUUGUAGUCUCAAAAACAUCUGGAGGGCCGAGUUUGAGGUAGCCUGAUCUAACACAACACAGAAGGGUUGUUAGAGGUCAAACUAAACUUGAUCAUUUUGAUUAGGUCCGACCCCCAUCCAUCUUGGGCUCCCUUAUCUUUGAGUAUUUCUGACUGUUUCCUGAAUACCUGUUGGGUUUGGAUCCUGCCUGCCUGGGACAGCAAUAACAGGUGCUGUGGCAGGCCACCUGACAGACCACAGCAUGCUAAGUCAGGCUCAGAGAGUCAUGCAAGUUUUGUAGGGCUGUUCUUGAAGCAUCUCUUUGUGGUUUUCUUUUCUCAGCCUGCCCCUGUAAAACCAAACUAUGCCCUGAAGUUCACGCUGGCAGGACACACAAAAGCUGUCUCAUCAGUGAAAUUCAGUCCCAAUGGGGAGUGGCUGGCCAGUUCUUGUAAGUAUCCAUUCUGACAUGGUCAAGAGGGAUCCUUUCCUGACUCCUAUUCACAUUUAUUUCUAGGGCUGUUUCCCAGUUCAAGAAAUCUAGUGUUCAUUGUGUUAGCACAUGCAUCAAGCAAGAGCCAAACCCUCUUUGUUUUUUUGGAUUAUUCAUUCUUGGGGCAAAGAUUAGGCAUUCUCUCCUGUCCGAGAAGGUGGGAAGCUGCCUUAUACAUGGUCAGACCAUUGGUCCAUUCAGGUCAGGAUACCAUCGAUACUGACUGGCAGCAGAUCUCCAGGAUUUCAAGUGGGGGGUUAUUUUCCAACUCUACCUCAGUUUGCCAAGUAUUGAACCUGGAACCUUCUGCAUGCAGAGCAGAUGCUCUUCCAGAGUGAAUGUCCCUUUUUAGAUGGUUCUUACCAUUGCUAAUUUCACACUUGGGACUUCCUGUACACUAUGAAAACUAAGGGAGGGAGGGUUUUUUGGGUUUUUUGCUAGAGGGAGCAUUUAGAAAUAUCCUAUUUACAGUCUGCAUUUGAAACUGAAUUAUAUGCCUUGUGCAAGUCAAGUACAUUUGCACAGUUUCCUACUCAGAUGUGAGAGGCGUGAAAAUUCUUCUGCUUAUAUCAUAUGUUGGUGGGCUGUAUUUAUGUAUUCACUUAAACAAAUGCAUCUUUAUAACCCCCAUCUUCUCUAAAAAGAGGGCAAAAAAGAGUAUAAUCAGAGUUCAAAAAUACCUGCAUGCCUCCCCACCCCUGUGUUGCAGGGUCAAGGUGCCUAAAAUAAUUUUUGUUGGUGGAUUCUCUUCUUUCUUUUAGCGGCUGAUAAGCUUAUAAAAAUCUGGGGUGCCUAUGAUGGCAAAUUUGAGAAAACCAUAUCUGGCCACAAGCUGGUGAGUACUUCCCAAUUAAUAAGGGGAAUGAUUGAAGUGUUUGUCGCAGAGUUAACUGGACAAGUGCCUCAAGAUGUAACAGUGGCUUCUGCCUAUGCAAAUAAGGAAUCGGUGGCUGGGGAGUUUUAACCAUCGUCUUGCCUGGAGGAAUUUAGCCUAUGGGGGCAUGGGGAACAGGUUACAACAGUUGCUUUUUGAUUCAGGAGUAGAUCGUUAACCAUUUCUGUUGCUUGGGUUGUUUGGUUUUUAUGCCUGCUAGAACAUGAGAAAAGUUCAUUGCAAAAUAGUACAUGAGAGAGAAGGAGUUAUUUGGCUAACCCUUUUUUUGGUUUCUGUUAUGCUCUGCUGCUUGGAGGGAGGGGUUUUUUUUUUUUGCUAGAGGGAGCAUUUAGAAAUAUUAUCCUAUUUGCAGUCUGCAUUUGUAACCACCUCAUUCUUUGUAAAUUGUACACAGUUUCUCAGUUAAAAACAGGCGAAUGACUUUUUGUAAAAAACUAAACAUUAUCUGUUGCAGGGAAUCUCUGAUGUCGCUUGGUCAUCUGAUUCAAACCUUCUUGUAUCUGCUUCAGAUGACAAAACUCUCAAAAUCUGGGACGUGAGCUCGGUAAGAAGCUUGUAGUUGCAUCCCCUACUUGUUUUGCUUACCACCCAGCCAUCUUGGAGAGCCUUAACUGGAUUCUAAUAUGACUGUCUAUCUAUAAUGGUGCUCCUGAUCCAGCUAAACUCACUUCUGACUUUUCAUGGCACUGAAUCACAAACUCAGCUUUAUCAGGACUUCUAGGUUUUCCUGUCCAUUGAACUGAGUCUGCUCUUGGUUGUUAAAAGGCUAGAUUAAAAGUUCAAAAUAAAUUUACCUCAAUUUAUAUCCUGUUCAUUUUACAAAAUGUUGCCAGCAGUCUGUGCAUAACGAAUACAUAAAAACUACCUGUGUGGUUAAAAUAAAUCUUUAAGGGAUCCGUUCUGAUAAUUCAGACAAUGUCAGAGACCCAUUUUAGGCAGUAAUAUAAUCCUUUUUGUGUGUGGAUUAUUAUUAUUAACAGUCCAACCUAUAAACAAAUACCUUCACCCCUUAAUGUGGACCCAGCCAUCAGAUAUAUAGCCUUUAAAUAUCUUAAACUGCUAUGGAAAAUUUAACACACAUUUUCCUUCUCAUGGGUAUUUAUGUUCCUGACAACAAAAAGAAGUUUGUGUUGGCUUAACUUUGAGAGCUGUAGUGUACAUAUUUUCAUUGAAAUGUGCAUGGAUAACAAAGCAUUUUUUUAAGGCCAAGAUUAGCGAGUUUGUCUUAACGGUUGUUUUGCAGGCUGAAUAGUUUUUAAAUGCAGUUCCCUUUUUGGUUAACUUUUUGAAGGGGAGAUAUAGGAAUUCCCUUCCUGCGUUGCUGGCUCAUUGUUGGCCUGUUAAACCUGUUAGUGGUUCAUUCCACUAAUGGUACUGUGGUCACUUAACAUUGGGGGAUGGGGAGCAGGGAACCAGGACAUCCUGCAGAUGUAGCUUUGUCUCCAGGUGAGCUGACACUGGUUCUCUCCCACCCAAUAGCUGAGCAUUUUAAACUUGAGUCCCAGGCCGGUGUGUGUUAUCUCUAGUGUCUGCACCAUAUGGUACUACAUUCCUCAACAUGCAGCCAGUCCUAAGAAUAUGGAGCUCUGGCCCAUUUACUGUUUUUAUUAUCUUUUUAGGGGAAAUGCUUGAAAACCCUGAAGGGGCACAGCAACUAUGUCUUCUGCUGCAAUUUCAACCCACAGUCCAACCUCAUUGUCUCAGGAUCGGUGAGCAUUUGCUUUUGCUGAAAAGAGGCAGUGGGUCGCUCUUGCUAUCUCUUUCAUAAGACAGAAAAUGGUGGGCCGAGCUCUGACUCAGAUCUCUAGCUGUGUUGCAGCAGGCAUUAACUGUUUUGUUUCAGGGCAUCAUGGUGCUGGUAGGACACAGUUUCCUCUUGCCAUGGCAGAUAUUCAACUAAUGUGGGGUGGAGAAGAGAGAUAUUGGCCAAGCAUCUGCUCUGUUGUUGAUUUCAUCAGUGAACACACCAUUGUGAUAUUUGAGUCACAAAGGUAGAGUCCACAGGCCUAUAAAUCACACAGGCUUAUGCAGAGGCAUUUCCUUACCUUAGGUUUACACAGGUGCAGAACAGGUGCAAGGAGAACAGGGUGCCUGCUCCUUACCAGGCUAGCUGAAAGCUGAGUUUUUCCUGCACAAGCAUUAUUGGCACAUUCUUAAAACAGUCUGAGGAAGCGGGUGAUCCCAACAAUUUCCUCUCACACUCUAUUACAGAAAUUACAUCUCUUCGCGUGUUAGCUAUCUGUUAAAGCAUAUACUGUAAUUUCCACUAAUUUCCAAAAUGCAUAAAGAUGACAAGCCAUUUGGAUCUGGGCCUCCUGCUGAAAGGCAGGAGUAAGCCCUGUCUAUCUCUGCUUUUUGUGAGUUGGGUGUCCCUGCAGUGCACUCUAUAGAGCAGCUGCUAUAUAAGCUUGUGAUGCUCCAGGACAGUUGGAAAGGCCCCCCUGGUUGUUAAUUUAAGUCCCAGGGUGAACCUUCACUAUCUGUCUCUGCUGUAGUUCAAACUCGGAUGUUCUGUGCAAUGGCUGUGUAACAGGACAGCAAGGAAAAGGAACAAAUAUUGGCAAUAAAACUUUUUGCAAUGGAGGUAGUGUUGUUUGUAAAAUCUCAGCUGUGCAAUAAACCUUGCCCUGAUUUCACACAGAGGUGCUUGAACAGUGACUUCUUGCUUUGGAAAGAGGAGAGAUGAUGGAACCUGAUUCUAGGUUUCUUGUGAAGAUAUUAACCACAGAGAAAUCUUGUCCCUGAUUUUGUCAAUGGAGUUCCAUUACAAGUAGUUGAAAUUUUAAGAGACAACACUGAAAUCUUCUGAGUUUAUUCCUUUGUUUUGUCUCCAGUUUGAUGAGAGUGUGAGGAUAUGGGACGUCAAAACCGGGAAGUGCCUAAAAACCCUGCCAGCCCAUUCUGACCCGGUUUCAGCGGUAGGUCCUCUUGGGAUGAGUUGAGAUGAGCUGGGCUGUCCCUUAUGCUCCCCCACCCCCGCCCCAUCCCAUGACAAAGUUGCCUGCCAUCUGUCAGUAACAUUUCAAGCUUCUUGAGUGAACUCCUGGUCUUCCAGGCUGAGCAAGUGGAGUAAAAUAUUGCUGCUGCUGCCGCCACCGCCUUGUUUGGCUAAUGGUUCAGCAGUGUCAGCUGGGGAGGAAAGCUUGCCCUGCUAGAUGUGAAAUCCUACAUCUGAUGCUUACUCCAGCCAUAGGAAUACAACACUCCAUGCCAUAGCAGUCUUUGGCUCCAGGUGGAUGUCUUGCACCUUAAAUUCUGCAGUAAACGUUCAGCAAACUGGCAGAGUCUCUUAAAGAGCAGCAGUGUAUUUAAAUUGGGUCUUGGUAUGGGGGGCAUUCUGGCACCAACCUUAGGGAAUUUUCUUUCUGAAAAAGGUGCCUUGUACCACAGAUGCAAUAUUGCCUCUUGCUAAGCCACCAAAAUAAUGUUUAUUUAUGUGUGGCAGUAUAAAUUCAAUUAAUAAUAAAUUCUUGCCUCCAGGUGCAUUUUAACCGUGAUGGCUCCCUGAUAGUGUCCAGCAGCUAUGAUGGCCUCUGGUAAGUGGGAGAAGGAGAGAAGGCUGGGUUUAGAUCCUGAGUUUGUGAGGUGGGGGCAUUCAGCCACCCCAGGAAUGAUGGGUAGAGAAUGGGUCCAUCUGUCCACAAUUUUGACUUGAUUUCCAGUCCCUCCCUCCAACCCCCCAAGAGGCAGCUCUUUUGUUCUCCUGCCGCUAAACUGGCUCAGACUGGCUGUAUCUUAAAUAUUGAUAAUUUUAAGCCUCAACAUUGGAAGAAUAGGUGUGUGUGCACAUGUGUUGUGUUUGUGGGAGAUCUGCGUCACUUGCUUUAAUUAUUUAAUCUGAUGUUUAUGCAGGUUCUGACCUAUAAAAAAAAAGAAAAAGGAGCUGUCACACAGUGCAUAGGGGAACACACAGCUUUCAUGCAAAAGGUCCCUGCAGCAUCUAUAAUCAUCGUUUAUUUAUAUGUCAUGUUUACAUUGUUAUACCAUGCUCAGGUCAGCUUACGUAAUUACAAAAAAAAAAAUCAACCAUAUCCAGUCAUAAACAAUACAUGAAAACUUUUCAAUAAGUAUAGAAGGAUUUAUUUUUUUACAGAAAACCCAAAUAAUUCAUAAAAGGUAUAACAAUAAAGAUAGAAAAGCCUAAUUCCAUUAACAGCAAAGCUUAUUCACACACACACACCUUGAUUAAACCUUGACACCCUCAACAGAGACGCCUUCAUGUCCCACCCCAUGAGUCUCUAAGCCAGGCAUCCCGAACCUUCGGCCCUCCAGAUGUUUUGGACUACAAUUCCCACCAUCCCUGACCACUAGUCCUGUUAGCUAGGGAUCAUGAGAGUUGUAGGCCAAAACAUCUGGAGGGCCGUAGGUUGGGGAUGCCUGCUCUAGGCAUUCUGAACAGUAGGUCCUGCAGGACUCACAUUUAAGAUGAUCUCUGGCCCCUUCAGCAGCAACAGCGCUUGCAGGACUUGUUUGGAGCUCUCUCAGGCCAGGUGGGAAUAGCUCAGCAAAGCAGGGAGCAGGUCACCUGCAAAUACUUCAGCAGUUAAGAGCAGAGGAUAUACCAACUGUCUGAUCCUCUGCUUUUGCCAAACGUGUGUGUUGUCCCCCUUGGCUCUCCCCCCCAAUCAUAGUUUUUUGUUGCCUUACUAAUGGUGACUUUUAUCUUCACCUUGCAGCCGAAUCUGGGAUACAGCAUCAGGACAGUGUUUGAAAACACUGAUUGGUAAGUUUUUUGUGUGCGUGCUCCAAAGGCCUCUGCUAACUUAUCCCGCAAUAAUAGCCUUUCAUAUGAAAAUUAUGGUUUCUCUUUCCCUUCGCUGCAGAUGAUGACAAUCCCCCUGUGUCUUUUGUGAAGUUCUCUCCCAAUGGCAAAUAUAUUCUAGCGGCAACGUUGGACAAGUAAGAGUCAAGGGGUGUUGUGCUGUUUUUUCAGAGCAAAUAAAUAAUUAUUGUGGCAGGGUUGCUCAGCUUUAUCAAAGAAACAAAACUUCGAAAUACAGGGGCAUUACACCUCCUGAUUUACUAGAUCACAACCAUACAUAUUUAAACAUUAGCUAAACUAGCACAACAGCUUGGAGAAAGAAGUAUGUGCAGUCAUAACCAUCCAGACUUCAUUCUUGUUGACAGCUUUGAAUAUGUUUCUGCAUAUAUAUUGCGCUCUCAUUUUUCUGGCCAAUUUGAAACCUAAGAUAAAAGACCACUCUUUUCAGUUCCAGGGAUCCAUUCUAGAAGAUGAGAAGUAGCGGUGGGAACAGAGUGAUUGUGAGGGCAAGUUGCUGAAAGGGUGAACUGUGAGAGUUCAGAAACAAAUUAAACUCUAGUGAGGAGGGAGUUGAACAGAGAUCUGAGUGGGGGAGGUGCAAUGAGCUCACAGAAAAAUGGCCGCUGCGAUACAAUGAAUGGCAAUGGGAGAGAGAAGUCACUCUAAAGUUUAGAUGAGAAGAAAGUCUCUUCUGUGGGUAAAGACAUAAAAUAUGAUAGACGUUUGAUGAAGAGGCUUAAAACUAGUAGAUACAGUGGUACCUCGGGUUACAGACGCUUCAGGUUACAGACUGCUAACCCAGAAAUAGUACCUUGGGUUAAGAAAUUUGCUUCAGGAUAAGAACAGAAAUCGCGCGGCAGCGGCGGGAGGCCCCAUUAGCUAAAAUGGUACCUCAGAUUAAGAACAGUUUCAGGUUAAGAACGGAUCUCCAGAACGAAUUAAGUUCUUAACCCAAGGUACCACUGUAGUUGCUUUAGAUAGGCAUGAGGAUGUAUGAAACAUCUGAACACCCUAGAAGCCUAGAUACUAUUUUAAAGUAUUGUGCUUCAUUUCCCUGUCUUUUUCUCCAGCACUCUUAAGCUUUGGGACUACAGCAAAGGAAAGGUGAGUCUUGAUAUUUUCCUUAACAGAGAGCUUACUAGGGGAAGUCUUUUUAAUAAAUGUUUCGGUUGGCUGGUUGGUUCCCCCCACCUUUUACUUACAGUCCAAAUUUCUGUGUGUAUUAACUCAGAAAUAACUCACUGGGUUCAGUAGGGCUACUCCGUAGUAAACGUUUUAAGACUCCAGCCAUAGGUUAUUAUUGUAAUUUUUCAGUUCUAUACCGCUUUAUAUUUUCAAGAAAAAAAUCUCAAAGUGAUUUACAGCACAUUAAAAUAACAAUCCACAGUAAAAGAUUACUGAAGAAAGUAAAACAAGUAAAAAUGUGAUCUUAAAAAUGUGUCACUGGAGUGAAUUGUGCAUUGAUUCACAUGCUGGGGGGGGCAGGGAAAGAUGACUGUAAUUGGUAAAAUGUCCAACUGAAUUGUUAAAUAUAUUAACGUUGACAAUAUACACAAUUCAUUUUUUGCUUUUCUAUCUUGAGAAACAAAAACAAAAAAGGCCAAAGAUGAUUAUAAUGGCACCCGCAACCCACGUUUAAGGGGCCAUUUGGCGAAUAGCUUACACAUCUGAGUUUCUAACCCUGGUGAGCACAGGUUGCUGGAUCCAGCAUCUAAGCUCUUAUUAUGUUCUGUUGUAAAGCUCGGUCAAGGAAAUGUGCUUGAGAGCUUCUUUUUCUGCCUCUGACUUCUGUGGUGUAUUCUGUGGUCUUUUUAUAUUCCAGUGCCUAAAGACCUACACAGGCCACAAGAACGAGAAGUACUGCAUCUUUGCCAACUUCUCUGUUACUGGUGGAAAGGUGAGAAUUUCUUUUUCUGGGCUGCUGUGGAAAGGGUUUUGAGCCUAAAUCCUCAAAAUCAACUCAUGGUUUUGCUUUGAAAAUAAACAGGGUUGCUCAGUCCUUGUAAACUGUUCUCUAGAGUUCAUUAAUAAAAAAUCCUGCAUGCAUCAUUUUAAUUGGCCUGGGAUGAGGUUGCUCCUUCUUCCCAUUUUAAUACAUUUGUUUUCUCCCUCAUUUAGUGGAUCGUUUCUGGUUCAGAGGACAACCUGGUUUACAUUUGGAACCUCCAAACGAAAGAGAUUGUACAGAAGCUGCAAGGGCAUACAGGUGGGAGGUCCCAGAAUAUUUUAAGUGGUUUACCCCCAAGUGGUGUGAACUCACAACUAUUUUGGACUGCUUACUUAGCUAGGAAAGGAAAACCUAACUAAAUAGGAUUCCCCCCCAGCAAGCAUCCCUCUCCAGUGUCUCAUGUCUUUAGAGGGGUUGCUCUAGAAGUGUGUUGAAGAUGGUUCACUGAGGACUAGUGAACUUGCUUCUGAAUGCUUUGGUACAGAAAUUCUGUCAUGGGUGUGUCCUUGACUUUAAAGGAGUAAUUGUAUUUGAUUAAUCAAGAAGAUUUCUUAUCCUUCAUAAUCAGUUCGUAGUAGAAUACAGUGGACCCUCCGGAUACGAACUUAAUUCGUUCUGGGGGUCCGUUCACACCCUGAAAAUUACGCGCAGAGUGCUUCUGUGCAUGGCGAAACCCAGAAGUAUACACUUCCGGGUUUGCCGUGGCCGUUACCCAAAGAUUCUGUAUCCAGAGGGAUACGUAAGUAGAGGUACGACUGUAUACAAUUUUAAAAAUUAUUACAAUUAUAAAAUGCACAAAAACCUUUCUAAGUGGAACAGGGCAGUGUAAAUUCAUCCUACUGAAUGAAAUUCCUUAACUAUUAGAAGAUAGGUUUGGCAAGCAAUUAGGGCAGGUCCAUUAUAGCUUAGUGGUUAGAACAUCUGCUUUGUAUGCAGUCCCAGGUUCAAUCCCCAGUCUCCUGGUGUAGGGAUGGGAGAGAUUCCUACAUGAAACCUUGGAAAGCCACUGCCAGUAAGUGCAGACAGUACUGAGCUAGCAGCAAACUUUUGUGGGUUUAUUUUGCAGGUUACCUUCAACAAUCGUCCACUAACCCAAGCAGAUUGAUGUUUUGUUUUGUUUUUUUACUAAAUCACUGGAUGACCAUGCCUUUUGUUGCUUUCUGUCUCUCCCAACAGAUGUUGUGAUCUCUACAGCUUGCCAUCCAACGGAGAACAUCAUUGCCUCAGCAGCUCUAGAAAACGACAAAACAAUUAAACUUUGGAAGAGUGACUGUUAAAAUGCUUUCAGCAUCACUUCAGAGACUGCUGGGGGGUGUCUGGAAAACAUGGGGGUAUUUUGUGUUUGUGUUUUUUGAAGACCCAUUUGCCAGGAAACAAAGCAACCUUUGAGAAGAUGAUUUCUCCUAGUCUUUGCCCAAAGAACUUCUCUCUUUGGCUUGUCUCCAAACUGGGCAAAUAUAGGUUUUUUGUGGGGGGGAAAUAAUAAAAAGGUUCUGUUUUCUUUGAUGAAUUGGCGGCUUUUCCUAUUGGGAAGCCAUUAACUAUUCUCUCCUUGGAGAAUUAGAUGGCAUCCUCAUUCCUUGGAGGGAACACUGUCUCCUAACAGCAACCACCGCCAAGUCAUAAACUUAGAAAGAAUCUGGAUAUGUUAACAUUCUUAAAGAAAAAGAAAAAAAGAUCCAGGCAGGUAGGCCCUAGUACCUAAAACUUUAAAUAGAAGAGCCAUGGUGGCUCAUUACUAAAGGCAAUUUUUUUAACGUGACCAAACAAGUGUUCUUUUGCCUUGCGCCUCUUCUCAUUUCCCACCCACCCAAGUUUCCAGAACCUGUGAUUAAAUCACCCUUUCUUUGUCCUUCUGUGUAAUGCACCCUGUUCAUCAUGCUCUCUGAUAGAUGCUACUUGACAGUAAAAGUCUAUUCACGCUUUUCACCCCACCCCCACCCCCACCCCAAAUUAUCUGUUCAACCUCUGUCCUCCAAAGUCCUUGCUUGUGGCUUUUUGUUUGUUUUUACUUAAAAAAAAAUAUUCUGGCAAAUUUCACAAACUCUGUACAGUUAUUUCAGUGUAAAAAACAAAAGAAAAACACUUUUUUAAUCUUGGAAACCUCAUUGUAUGAGCUUGUAUUUGCUAAUGGUAUGGCUUUAUUCUAUCCCCCCCUUCCACAUUGGUAUAUUCCUUUUCUACCCUUUCUUCCCUCCUCUGCGCUUAUCAAUAUUUUACACAUCAAACCUGGUUACCAUAUGCACAAUAAAAAGGUGGGAUUUUUUGUGAA